AUGUUGCGAGUUCCAAAUCGAAGCAGUUCCAUUCCGUGCGAGUUCUACUUCGUUGUAGCGCCCAAUUUCGAUGUGCCCGCGCAAUCCUCCGAUCUGUAGGUCGCUUCAUAAUUCUACACCGCAUCCUCAUCCUGCGAAGUCUUCUCUUUUCUUCGAUUCAGGCUGUGAGCGCGCAUGAGUGAGUGUGCCUCUAGUGAGCGAUUGUCGAAGUCACUCACAAUUCACUCACUAACAAACACACACACACACACAACACAAGCGGGCUGUGGCUGGCCUGGUCGUCUUCUUUGCCGCCCCGAGUAACAGCAGUUGUGUGAGUGUGUGCGUGUGUUGGGUGGACCAGAGUUUUUCUCUGCUUUCUUGGCACGGUGCCAAGUGUCCAUUUUUCCGCUUCCUGAUGCCUGCGCCGAUCGCAAACUCCGCGGAAUCAGUUUGUUUACGCUGAUUACCUCUAGGAUGCGUAUUUGAAUCGUCCUCUGAUCGUCAGGUACGGUAAACGUCGCUUUUUGAGCGAAAUAGCGUGUUAGAAGAAGAGGUGGAGAGCGGAGGAGGCGGCCGCCGGGUGGGCAGACACGCAGAGUAAUCGCCGGCCACACUGAGGCCCCGCCUCCACGCGCGCCGAAAUGGGGAGCUCGGCAACCCCUCCUCGCUUAGUUCUACACCAGGCCAGGCAGAGAAGAGGACCUUAGCCUUCAUAUUUCACCCCAUCUGCCGGUCUUCUUUUCUUCCAACACAUCCUCCAGCAGAGUUGUGAGUCCGUCUAGGUUUGCGCUAGGUCGCUGUGGAGGCUGUUUUCACGCCAGCGCUGUUUAAAGUAUAGCUAUGUAGUACGGUAGGUGCCUAGGCUCUCCUAAUAAUACUAGUAUGUAUGUUUUAUUUCAGCUCAUGUCAUUUAAAGGCUUCUAGUUACGCACAGGCGCCACCCAGAUUAGACCGUAAGACUUUAUUUGAAUUUGGCGGGCCGAAUUGUGACACUCUGUCUAUCUCUCGCUCUCUUGGCACGCUGCCAAGUCAACAUGAUACACCGCGCACUCUUCCUCCUUCCUCCUUUUUUUCUCUUCCAUCCAUCGUCGUCUUCUUUCCGAUCUCCCAUUUUCCUCAUCUGAACAAGACUCAUUUCAUAAUUUUUAUUUUCAGCAACACCUCAUUCAAACCACUUCGAUCAUCAUGUCGGCCGUUGAGGAGAGACAAACCGAGAAGAGAGCCCUCGACAAGGGAGACGAGAACGACGACGUCGUGCCGGUGAAGGAGCCAAGAAUCGAGAAUGGAAAGAACGAGGUUAGUGUGAUGGGGAUUGAGGGCUGGCGCCGUGCCAAGUCCGUCGGUCGACAUUGGUUGGCUGUCAACUGUCCUUGAGAUCUCUCUUUCAAUGGUCUUUUUGCAGGAGGAGCCAAAGGAGAAGGUCGUCAAAGGUGAGAACUGAAUCCAGUGAAGGAAAGGGCAGACGCGAUGCACUGAGAGCAGCUUCAUCCGUCAAUUCCAUUCAAUCCGCUCGCUUCCCAUCCUUCGUUCGUGUGUUAGUGGCCGCGUGUGUAUGUGUUUGACGGUGGUGGUGCUGCUACGAGGCCGUCAACCGACGACCGACCUCGGUCGAGAUAGCGUUCGUGAGACAUUCGGAGCGACGACGAGGCAAGGAGUCGAGCGCACGCGUCGCGUCGACCGCGACGCACCAAGAUAACAGCCGUGCUUGGCUGGCUGGCUGGCUGGCCGGGCCGCGGGGCUGUUGUGUGUGUGCGUGUGUGUCGGUGAGCGGGCGAAGUGAGCGCGGUGAGCGGUGUGUGUGAGUGUGAGUCGUUUCGAAAGAACGAGCGGGAGAAGGGUCGAUCAGAGGAGAGGGCUGUGUGGAGGACGAGCGAGAGGCUGCUGCUGCUGCUGACUCGCAAAUUUGUAUGGGCGGCUGUGUGUUGUGUGCGUGCGGCGGCGGCGCGACGUCGUCGUCGUCGUUUGCGAAUGACGGCCUCCUCGCAGCUGCGGAUUGAUUUGCGCUGUGUGAUGGGAGAGACAGGAGAAAAAAGAGGAAGAAGGCUGGCGGCGACGGCGACGGCGUUGGGAGAUUUGAGCCGCCAGGCUCGGUCUUCCUGUGCAUGCACACACAGGACUGAUUAGUGAUCGGGAUUUGAAUAAUAAUAAUAAUGGCAAUCUGGGUUGGGGGAAUAUAUCAGUGUUUCGAGUCGUUGACAACUGUGAAUUAUUACAGAGGACGGAGAAGGGGAGGAGGAGGGAGACGACGAUGACGUCGACGAGGAAGAAGAGGUGAACGACGAGGAGUCGUCUGAAGGAGAGGGAGAAGGAUCGGACGCCGGAGAAGGCGAAGAGGAGGAAGGAUCUGGAGACGACGAGGACGGAGAUGAUGCCGAGGGAGGCGAUGAGAGCGACUAA